UCCUAUAUAUUUUCAAAUAGUAGGUUUGGGGCUAUGAGUUCAUUCUAUUCACUUAUAUUCGAAGGCACCAGGGGGUAGCGAAUGAUGGAGGCACAUGCACUUUAAAAAUUUACCAUUAUUUACCUCCAUAAUGAUGCAACUCUUCUCGCCUUUCAUUCUUCGUGGUCCAUACAUGUCCUCAAGGAUUCAUUUUUCUGGGUUUUACACCUAAGUACCAUGUGAUUCUAAUCUAAACUCUCGCCCUUCACGAGAGUUUCAGUUUGAUGCCAUCCAGCUGAAAUCAUCAUGUAGAAAUCUGCGGAAGUAUCUUACGUACUGCAGACUAAAACCAGACUAAAACCCAAAAGCAAAUGAUAUUUGUAAAACCCUACUUAGACCAGGCGAAGCUUAGAUCUAGCAGUUAACGCUCUGGACAUGUACUUCAUAGUUGUGCUGUGAUGUUCAAAUCAUGGAGCGUUAUGAGUCUGUACAUCCUCUUUUCAAUGUCUUCUCAUGGCCUGUCUUAAUCUCAUAUGACUUCCAGGGUACCUUUUUGGUCAGGUCAUCAUCUGGGGAAAGUUGUAACAAGAAAAAUGGAGCAGUAUGAAAUUCUGGAGCAGAUUGGCAAAGGUUCUUUUGGUUAUGCUCUUCUUGUGAGGCAUAAAACUGAGAAAAAGAAGUACGUGCUGAAAAAAAUCCGUCUUGCACGCCAGACUGAUAGGAAUCGCAGAUCUGCCCACCAGGAGAUGGAGCUUAUUUCUCAAGUACGGAAUCCAUUUAUUGUGGAGUAUAAAGACUCCUGGGUGGAAAAGGGUUGCUUUGUAUGCAUUGUCAUUGGAUAUUGUGAAGGAGGAGACAUGGCAGAUGCAAUUAAAAGGGCCAAUGGUGUUCAUUUUUCCGAAGAGAAACUUUGUAGAUGGUUAGUUCAACUCCUAAUGGCGCUCGAUUACUUGCAUGCCAACCAUAUUCUUCAUCGCGAUGUCAAGUGCUCAAAUAUAUUUCUGACAAAAGAUCAAGACACACGUCUUGGUGAUUUUGGUCUUGCUAAGAUGUUGACUUCUGAUGAUCUUGCUUCCUCUAUUGUCGGAACUCCAAGUUACAUGUGUCCUGAGCUUCUUGCAGAUAUACCUUAUGGCUCCAAAUCAGACAUAUGGUCUUUGGGAUGUUGUAUUUAUGAAAUGACUGCUCACAAGCCUGCAUUUAAAGCCUUUGACAUGCAAGCUCUCAUUAACAAGAUAAAUAAGUCUAUUGUGGCUCCCCUUCCGACCAUGUAUACUGGUGCAUUUCGAGGGCUCAUUAAAAGCAUGCUGCGGAAAAAUCCGGAACUUAGACCAAGCGCUGCAGAGCUGUUGACUCAUCCACAUCUUCAACCAUACGUCCUUAAGAUUCAUCUAAAACUGAAUAGCCCUAGACAGACUAUCCCAACCCGGUGGUCUGAUUCCAACUAUAUAAAGAGAACAAGAUUUGUGGAGCCAGAAACAAUUUCAAUUCACUCUGUGAAAGUGAAGAGAAUGUCAUUCAGCAAUGACAGGACACUGAAUCCUAGUAUAUCUGGAACCGAACAAGACUCCAUGUGUUCUUCUCAGAGAGCACAGGAAUUCCCAAGCAUGAAUCAAAAGUUCGCAGAAUUAUCUGUUGGUUGCAUGCACAAAGAAUAUUAUCUUGACAAGUCAAUAACCAGCAAGUUUUCAAGUGUUUCCAAAACCCCAAGAUUGACACCAAGAAAGAUUUCUGCUACGCCAAAGAGACAGACAACACCAUCAAAGAUAUCCCAUAUUGUUUCCAAACGUGACUCACUUCCGAUGUCACAAACUCCACUGAGAAGAUCUCAGGCAACACGAAGAGCAUCUCUUCCAUUACCAACAAGAGCUGCUGCCUCAGGAACCCCUUAUAGAGCUAAUGUUGGCUUACUUGGCAGCAUGGAGUCUACAGACAUCUCUGUCAAUGCCCCCCAGAUUGACAAGAUUGCCAAAUUCCACUUAGCUUCUUCUGAAGAUCCCCUCUUUACAAUCCAUCAAACUUCAUCAACAUCUGCACAAUGCUCUUCUAACUCGCCAGACAGAGGUGACUGCUCAAUCACAAAGGACAAGUGUACAGUCCAAGUCGUGGACAGAACCUUUGUCAGGCCCAAUCCCACUGAUGCCAGCCAUGGAGUUGCAGGAAAUGUUAGCGAAUGCUCGGAGCAUAAUCCAACUGGUGUUUCAAGUCGUUCAUCUUCUGAGUCACAGCAGCGUCGUUUUGACACCUCAUCAUACCAGCAACGCGCAGAGGCAUUGGAAGGGUUGCUUGAGUUCAGCGCGCGGCUCUUACAGCAGGAAAGACUUGAUGAGCUUGGUGUGCUGUUGAAGCCAUUUGGGCCUGAGAAAGUUUCUCCGAGGGAAACUGCAAUAUGGUUGGCUAAGAGCUUCAAGGAGACAACAAUUUAGAUGAAAUACUGAUGCCACAUUGAUUGUUGCAAAUGCAAGUUUCUACGCCUGAUGAUUGAAACAGAAUUUGCAAGUCUUCGUCUUGAAGGCAGCAUAGACUGAUAGUGAUAACUACACUUAUUUCCCAGUAGACUCAACAUGUUGUGAUUUUAUGACAGGCAUCAGAUUUGCUAGUACUUGGUUGGUUUCUUUUUAAGCCAAAGAGGAGAAAAUUGCAAAAAAGUUGCUUA